AUGACCGAAGGGCAGCGGCAGAAGGAUGCCGAGGCACUGCUUCUCCUAGGUUUUGCCGUGGAGAUCGCUAUGAUACAGGUCGAGGGCGGCCGCAAGUUCGCUUUUGAGCACCCCUCAGCGGAGUUUGCGAGGCGAGAUGCCAUUCGCCGGCAUGCUCGCAAGGAGCUGUUUGAGAGUUCCAGUUUAAAGAAGUUGGCCAGCGCUGUCAAGGCGCCCACCCAUCGGGACAAGCAUUUUGUGCCAGGACAGUGGGUCUACGUGUGGCGCAGAGCGCCAAAGGGGGGACAAAAGACCUACGCCUUACAAAAGGACAGGUGGAGAGAGCACAUAGGUCCUUUCGUCGCCAUCUUAAAGGACGAGUGCCAGGUUCUUGGGGAGCCACAGUCCGGGAACCUGAGCGUGGUCGACGCAAUGGGUAUAUACGACACGCUCUCAAAGCUCACGGCGGGGUCCAAGUCGGACCGGCGGGCAGCCAUAGACUUAGCGGUGGUCAGGACAUCUAUGGAGAAAAUCGGAAGCGCGAUCCGGUGGAUGCCGCAUCCGCUGAUGCCUGUAGACUGUAUGACCAAAUCGGAUCUAGCCAAGACUAAUGCCGCUCAGUUGACCAUGCUCAAGUCAGGCAUGCUUCGCCUAUCGGCGGAGGAGUCCGCUAUCCAGGAAAGAAAAGAGGACCCCAG